AUGAAUAGUAGUAUUCCAUUUCGCUGUUGUGUUCCUUACAGCAACAGAAUUACGGGGGACUGUUUUGCUGCGGCGCUUCUUCUCUCCCCGCAAGUGUGUACUGUUCAAAUCAUAGCAAGAAAACAGACCUACCGUACGGAUGUCCGUUGCGAUUGAACGGUACUCGAAGCAGAACACACGGUCAGGCGUCGCUUUCGUCGUCCUGUUCCUUUUCCGGAACUCCCAGGAAGUGUUCCUGGCCAURAAAAAAUCAACGAGAAAAAACAAAACAAAACAAAUGAGCAAUCGACGGGUUCCGAUGUGUCAGCUGUGGUCUUCCCCCAAAAAACAACAGACAGGCCACUUACCCACGAGAUCCAGUCUCCGGUGCGCUUGAAGUAUUCGUCGGGUCGAGAGGGAAUGUACGCAUUUCGUUUUUCUCCGGAGGCAAUCCAAUCUUUCCUGUUGCACACCACCRAACGRACACGAACGAGCGGGUAUCCACCGCCGAAAGAAAUCAGGGUAAGUAAUCACGAAUAAAUCAAUAACCACAACACGAUGCAUCGACGCAUUACAACACUGGUUGCCGGGGCAAUCCCUCACCGCGGCGACGCCAUCGGUUUCCCCGGACUCGUGUUGCCGUACGCACCACUCUUCAGCGCUCUCCCACCGGUUGCCCCACGCCUGGACCCAUUUUUGGCAUUCCUCGUAGGGAAGAAAGCGGGGGCCGGACUUCAGAAACCGCCGCUUGUUGGCUUCCUCCAGCCGCAGUUUUUCGAUCCUCCAGUUCAGGUCUUCCAGAACGACGCCCGCCGGUCUCCCCCUCACGUCGGAGCAGAGCGCGGGCUCUCGUUCGUACUCGUAGUCGUAUUCGUCUUCCUCCUCCUCGUCGUCUUCGCUACUGGCGCUGCCCUCGCCGCCGUCACUAUUUUUCGAGGCGUUUGUUCGCAGCCGGUGCACUCUCGGCGAAGAASAACACCGGCUACACCGCGUAGCAUCCGCCGUGGAACCCGAGACCACGAAUCCCGUUGCGGUGUGCAAAAGCACGCACAAGAGUGUCGUCACCAAAAUCACUUUCGGUGUCGUCGAAGAGCAUCCAAUGGCUUGGUUGCRAGGCACUAUUGGCCUGGAUCCAACCGCGGUCAUUUUCUUCGAAACGAAUCGGUCGGAGAAAUGWAUUGUGCUGCGUGGUUUGUUGCGYUUUGUUUCUUGUGAAAUGUCCCGACAACCUGGACCUGGAAUCGAAGUUUCCGAUGGUUUCGCUAUUCAUGCACUACUGUAUGCUGUGUGMAGUCGAAACUAUCUSCGUCGAUUCUUGUGUCUCGGCCUUAGGUACCUUCAGAUGAUGACAAAUAAGAAUUCCGGACGUUCCGACACAAGUUAAAAUUGACAGCUGUGGGYGUGGAAGAGAUAUGCAAUUUUUAUYGAUAGCGAAUGGAGGAGAAAGCUUUUAAAGUCGACUAAAGCAAGAAYGAUAACAACCAGAUGACKGCGAUGCAGGGAAGAAGAAAUGCCUUCGUCAAAACCAGCUUUUCACAAAACAAAAACAGGAUGCGCAACAUGAAAUUUGUUCUGAGAACGAUCGGAAUGCAGAACAAAAAAUSAUCGGAUCGAACAGAGGUUUUUGCUCCACCGUCGUAUGGUACGAGUACUCGUACCACUGUACGGUAGGCACGCAAUACGAGAAACACAAACAGCUGACUGACACCCUCGUUAUUUCUUUCUCCAGAUUUCUAUGCGUGCUUUGAAUUCUACGGGAGGAAUGAACGCAUUGUACGUAUCACACCAGAGCAAGGUGAUCUGUUGACAGUCACUUUUCAAGGAACCAUUAUGAAGUUGACUAACUCGACCAUUAUUUCAUAGUUUGAGCUUGGACGMUACUACCAUGUACGUGGAACAGCACGUAAUCGUAUCGGUACACGUUCCCUCUGUAUUCAUAUCUUCUUAAUCUAGUAGUAGUAUGUAUGACUACUAAUAACACCGGCUACGGACCGGUACCGUACGUAGGGUACCGGUAGGUCGAACGGAUGUGUUACUGUUCGGUCAUUUUCUGUUGCGGCAAGUGACGUACGUAGUUCUUUCAGAGCUGAACUCUCAUCACUGAUCAAUMAAAAAAUACACCUCAUGCAAAAAUUCUCACAACUUCCUUUCCACCCACCGACCAGCGACAACCAACAACGUACAAUACCGGUGUGCCGUACACGAAAUCAACAAGAYAGGCCACACCUCUUGCAACGAAGCACUGCCGUUCAACCCAUUUUCAUUGCCCGAAUAUAUUUUUAUCAAACUUMAACCGAAAACAAUGCCUAAGAUUUCGUCCCUCCUUCUCUUCGUUUCGGCCUUCGUUGGCACGGAUGCAUUCGGACUUUCCCACGGAGCUUCUUCUCGACGACAUGUGUCGCGGGAGGCAACUCGCUUGCACUCCCUCGAAGAAGGAUCUACCGUGGUGGUGUGCACCGGGCCGACCUGCACCCGAAACGGCGGAAAGAAAGCCCUGGUCCACUUCAAGGAGCUGGCCGGUGAUUUGGGCGUCACGGUAGAAACCACCAAGUGCGUCUCCGAAUGUGCCGAGUGUGGCCUCGGACCGAACGUCGAGGUCCGCGAACCGAGCUUCGAUGGACUGUUUCCCCCCAUCAAGAACCGAGUCAAGACGGAAGAAGACGUCAAGAAGGUCCUCGGGAUAUAGACGAUUUCUCGAAGGUGCAGAUGGAUGGAUGGGUUCAUCCUUUCGUCCAUCGCGUGUCGAGUCGCCAAAGUCGCCAUAGAUUUCGAACAACGUCAUGACUACCACUAUUGUUGUUGGCAGCAAAAAUAUCUUUGGGAACUGAGUGCUUUGGGCAGAGUCACUAUCAUUGUCGGGUGUUCUUUGGUUUUGCCGAAGGGCACCAAGAAAUCGUUGGGGUUGGAAUAAAGYGGAAUCAACGUUCGAAAAAGUGGUUUCGUGUAGUUGCAGUUGGUUCUCUCCAACUACCAAAGUAGGUUAUAUUAUUCACACCAGUGGCACAACAGAUCAAGUUGCUUGGGACAAAAAGAUAACAAAAAAUGCCAAACGAACGAACACGAACAGCACCAGACGAACCAUUCCUGUGACAAAAACUUAACACCAAAAUAUAGUAACCAGUUUUCU